AUGCUAUCGCGAACCUCUGCCCGAGCUGCCCAGCGUCUGGCGCGAGCCGCUGCCCGCCAGCAACCCCAGAUCGCGGCGCGCUCCUACGCCACCGUCGAGUCCGACAUCUUCAGGCCGACCAAGUUCGGCAGCAAGUACACCGUCACCCUCAUCCCCGGUGACGGCAUCGGCGCCGAAGUGGCCGAGAGCGUCAAGACCAUCUUCAAGGCCGACAAUGUGCCCAUCGACUGGGAGCAGAUCGACGUCACCGGUGUCGACUCGGGCUCGCCCGCCAGCGCCGAGGAGCUCUUCAGGCAGUCCGUCACCUCGCUCAAGCGCAACAAGCUCGGCCUCAAGGGUAUCCUGCACACCCCCAUCGAGCGCUCCGGCCACUCCAGCUUCAACGUCGCCAUGCGUCAGGAGCUCGACAUCUACGCCUCCAUCGUUCUGAUCAAGAACAUCCCCGGCUACGACACCCGCCACAAGAACGUCGACCUGUGCAUCAUCCGAGAGAACACCGAGGGAGAGUACAGUGGCCUCGAGCACCAGAGCGUUCCCGGCGUCGUUGAGUCGCUCAAGAUCAUCACCCGCCCCAAGUCCGAGCGCAUUGCCAAGUUCGCCUUCUCCUUCGCCCUGGCCAACGGCCGCAAGAAGGUCACUUGCAUCCACAAGGCCAACAUCAUGAAGCUUGCCGACGGCCUGUUCCGCAACACCUGCAAGGAGGUGUCCGCCGAGUUCCCCGGCAUCGAGUACAACGACAUGAUUGUCGACAACGCCAGCAUGCAGUGUGUGUCCAAGCCCCAGCAGUUUGACGUCAUGGUCAUGCCCAACCUGUACGGCGGUAUCCUGUCCAACAUUGGCGCUGCCCUGGUUGGUGGCCCCGGUCUCGUUCCCGGCUGCAACAUGGGCCGCGACGUCGCCGUCUUCGAGCCCGGCUGCCGACACGUCGGUCUCGACAUCAAGGGCAAGGACCAGGCCAACCCCACCGCCUUGAUCCUGUCCGGCUCCAUGCUCCUGCGCCAUCUUGGCCUGGACGAGCACGCCAACCGCAUCUCCAAGGCCGUCUACGAGGUCAUUGCUGAGGGCAAGACCCGCACCCGCGACAUGGGUGGUGAUGCUACCACUCACCAAUUCACCCGCUCUAUCCUCGACAAGAUGGAGCACUUGUAA